AUGAAGAGAGCAAAGUUGGAUUUGUUCGUGUCCCUGAGUCGAAAAAGGUCGAUUCAAAUUCUGAUAUGUGUGGGUCUUUUGUAUAUACUCUUGGUGAGUUUAGAAGUACCCUUUGUGUUCAAAGCUGGGUUCAGUGCAGUCACUCCAGACGGCUUCAAUGACCCAUUGUCUAAGCCUUUUGCGCUCGAAAGCGAAGAGGAAUUGGCCAGAAAAGAAGCCCCAAUUCGACCCUUAAAGAACCCCUUUAGGGUUCCAAAUCAAUCACCAAAAUCCAGACCCGAGAGAAGAAUUAGGGAGUAUAAAAUCCUAUCUAGUUUGGAUGUCGAUGGAAGCAUUGUAAAUAUUACUGGAAAAGAUGGGUUUUCAGGGAUUCUGAAGCAUGCAAAGGAGGCUUUUGAACUGGGGAAGAAGCUUUGGGAGGAGCUUGAACUGGGUUCCGAUGAUCAAAACUCCGACAGGAAGGUGGAGAAUAGGACUGAGUCAUGCCCACAUUCGAUUUCAAUGUCAGGGACUGAGUUUUGGGAGAAAAAUAGAAUGAUGGUGUUGCCAUGUGGGUUGACAUUGGGAUCACAUAUAACAGUGGUGGGGAAGCCGAAGAAGGCGCAUCCGGAGCAGGACCCCAAGAUAUCUUUGUUGAAAGAAGGUCAGCAAGCGAUGGUUUCACAGUUUAUGAUGGAAUUGCAGGGGUUGAAGACUGUGGAUGGAGAAGACCCACCAAGGAUUUUACAUUAUAAUCCUAGGUUAAAAGGGGAUUGGAGUGGGAAGCCUGUAAUUGAGCAGAACACUUGCUAUAGGAUGCAGUGGGGAUUGGCGCAUCGGUGCGAAGGGUGGAAAUCUAAAGCUGAUGAGGAAAAUGUUGAUGAUCAUGUGAAAUGUGAGAAGUGGAUCCGAGAUGAUGAUGAUCACUCUGAGUCAUCAAAAGUGACAUGGUGGUUGAACCGGUUAAUUGGCAGAACAAAGAAGGUCACUUUUGAUUGGCCAUUCCCAUUUGCAGAGGAAAAGCUAUUUGUCCUAACUCUUAGUGCUGGCUUAGAGGGUUAUCAUAUCUAUGUUGAUGGGAGGCAUGUCACCUCAUUUCCUUACCGCACGGGAUUUGCGCUUGAGGAUGCCACUGGAUUAUCUUUGAAUGGAGACCUUGAUGUCCAUUCCAUAUUUGCUGCUUCCUUGCCUACAUCACAUCCUAAUUUUUCUCCUCAAAGACAUCUUGAUAUGUCAACUGAAUGGAAGGCACCGCCGCUUCCAAAUGGGCCUGUCGAACUCUUCAUUGGUAUUCUUUCAGCCGGCAACCAUUUUGCUGAGCGGAUGGCUGUAAGAAUGUCUUGGAUGCGGCAUAAACUUGUCCAAUCAUCGAAUGUUGUGGCUCGUUUCUUUGUAGCUUUGCAUCCAAGAAAGGAAGUGAAUGUGGAGUUAAAGAAAGAAGCAGAGUUCUUUGGUGACAUAGUCAUAGUGCCUUACAUGGAUAAUUAUGAUCUUGUUGUUUUGAAAACUGUUGCCAUCUGUGAAUAUGGGGUCCGCACGGUAUCUGCAAAGUAUAUUAUGAAGUGUGAUGAUGACACAUUUGUUAGAGUGGAUGCAACUAUUAAGGAAGCAAAGAAAGUAGCUGAGGAUAGGAGCUUGUAUGUGGGGAACAUCAACUACUACCAUAAGCCCCUGCGCAAUGGCAAAUGGGCAGUGACAUAUGAGGAAUGGCCAGAAGAAGAUUAUCCACCUUAUGCAAAUGGACCAGGCUACAUUGUGUCAUCAGACAUUGCAUACUUUCUUGUAUCUGAAUUUGAGAAACAUAAAUUAAGGUUGUUCAAGAUGGAAGAUGUGAGUAUGGGAAUGUGGGUGGAGCAGUUCAACAGCUCAAGACCAGUAGAGUAUGUACACAGUUUGAAGUUUUGUCAGUUCGGGUGCAUCGAAGAUUAUUUUACAGCACACUAUCAGUCUCCGAGGCAGAUGAUAUGCUUGUGGAACAAAUUGAAAGAGCUAGGAAGGCCUCAAUGCUGCAACAUGAGAUGACAAUUUUUGUUUGGUAAAAACAUGGGAGAAUUCAAGUAAUGAGUAACGGGGGCAAACAUGUUUUGCAGUCAUGGCACUCGUUAAAAUUCCGGUCCGUCGGGACUCCAUUCAUCCGAUCAGAUGUGUGGAUAAUGAGGCCACCUUCUUCCUUCUAUACCGCCCCCCCCCCCCCCCCAACCAUUUUGUAUACUGUGGAAGGUUGGAUUAGAUAUAGUGGGGCUGUUUAGGGCCCUUGAAAUUCAUUCAUUAUUUUAUCUUUUUCUUUUCCUGCUUUGUCUUGAGGAUGGAAAAGGAUGAAGUGGGUUACCUGUGCAGUGAACACCUCCAUACACAUCCUAGUUCUGUAAACUACAAUGGAAUCACAACAGAUGGGAA